GUCGAGCACGAGAGCCGAGUCUUCGACGCGUUUUGUUUGCCUCCUAGUCUCUCGGACAGGAUCAACAACGAGCUAUGAAGGUGUCCUGAAAAUCGACGUUUUUCUGAGAUGAGCCACUCGUUUUUCAAGCCGAUUAGACAUACGUUAGUUUCUGGACGUGGAACUCCAUGAAAGCCUGAAUUUAAUCCUGAACAAGGUCUGGUCAAAGUAAUUUCUUUACUGACAGUGUAAUAAUUUUUUAAGAUGACAUUUGACGUGAUUCGAUUCACGAAUAUAUUAUUCUUCCUCCUUUGGAGCUCCAGUGUAAUAAGAUGUUAUAAUGUUCCUUGCACGUUCAACACUAUGUGCAUGUGUUGGGUUCAGGAUGACGACGAUGAUUUUACGAAGAUGGAUAUCAGUUGUAUGGGAGUUCCAUUCGCACGAUUUCCUGAUGUAUCGGUGAGUUAUGUGGCGCAACUAGAUAUCGCUGGAUCCGGGAUACAAGUGUUGGACAAUGACGCGCUUGCGAGUUCCGCAGGUGUCGAGGCUCUGGGAUUAAUGAGCAAUCGAUUAUCCAGCAUAGGAGACAAGUCUCUGCUAGGUAUUACGGACAGUCUACGUUCUCUGGAUCUAAGCUACAAUUCCCUUGAGGAUGUGCCUUUCAAGGUUUUCCGUGAUCUAAGAAAAUUAAAUUGGGUCAACAUGCAUAGCAAUCAUUUAACGUCGUUGGAUGGUGACUGGGGCCGCACGAAAGAUACUCUAACGAACGCAUUCUUCGGUGAUAACUCGAUCACUGAAGUGCCUAGAGUCUUCUCGAAUUUCGCCAAUUUAGUAUGGUUAAAUUUAGACAGUAACAACAUUGAGAAUCUCUCCAAAGAUUGUUUGCCACCGAACAUGCACACCUUGAGUAUCAACAAUAAUCUCUUGAAGGAAUUUCCACAAUCCUUGGGAGACUUGAAAGAACUGACUUGGCUUUAUAUGAGAGGAAAUGAUCUCAGGUAUCUGGAACUGCCAGAUUUUCGUAGUUCCAAUUUGGAGCUCAUAGACGUCAGCGAAAAUUCCAUCGAAUGGAUGAAGACACCCAUUCUAAGCAAUCACACUGUAAAAGUUAGAGACUUUAAUUUAGCCGGAAACAAACUGAUUUCGUUGCCAAGCAGAAUGUUCGAUCGUCUCGAAACCAGAAGAAUUCAUCUGUCGUCGAACAGUAUCAGAAAUGUCGACAAGGAAGCAUUUCGUGGUUUGGAAGAUACUCUCGAAUAUUUGAACCUGGAAAACAACGAUUUGCCGACGGUACCAAACGCUGUUAGUCAGUUGAGGAUGUUGUCGUAUCUCUAUUUGGCUAACAAUGAGAUUAGAAAUAUUUCCGGCGAGGCCUUUCAAGAAUUCGCGGAGCAUCUAAAGGCCCUCUCUCUUGCAACCAAUAGUCUGGAUGCGGUACCUGUGGCUGCUUUGUCCAGAUGCCAGAGGCUAUUGCACCUGAAUCUCGGUUACAACAAGAUCUCCCACGUCGAGCCGGGUGAUUUCGAGUGGGCCGAGGACCUUGAGAUCUUAUUGCUCAGGAACAACAUCCUGACGAAACUGAAAGCUGCGACUUUCAAAGGAGCCGGUAAACUAAAAGAGCUCAGUUUAUCCUUCAAUCACUUGACGGAACUCGACGAUGACUGCUUCGCUGGUCUCGAGGAGAGCCUAGACAUUCUUGAGCUGAGCUUCGCCUUCGCCACGGACGUCUUUCCUCGGCGUGCACUUUGGCCACUCUCGAAUCUGCGAUGGCUGGUUUUAGACAACAACAACUUCCAGACGAUCGAGGCGACGACCUUUUACUCCUUCCAGCAGCUGCGUUACAUUAACAUGGAGUCAAACAGGCUGCACUACUUGCCCGAAAGGAUAUUUCUCUCAAGCGUGCACUCAGAGUUAAGAGACGUCAAAUUGGGAUACAACUUCCUAGAGGCAAUACCAGAGUCAAGUUUCCAUAAUCUGACCGAGUUGCUGUCUCUCGAUCUGACUGGCAAUCGGAUAAAAGUCUUGGCGUCUGGCUCCAUCGUGGACUGCCCGAAGCUGGUGACCAUAUCGCUGGCUUACAACCGAAUACACAAGAUGGAGAGAAACGCUUUGUACGGUUUGUCCAGCUUGCGUUUUCUCCACUUGGAAUUCAAUAAGCUGACCUUGCUGGAUUUGGGUGCUAUCUCAGAGAUCGGUGGUCCCGAUUUUGCUCUAAACGUUUCUUACAAUGCGAUCGCGUCUGUCGACUCGGGAUCAACAAUGAACAAUCUUACCAGAUUGGAUCUUGGAUUCAAUAAUAUCAGCCACUUACCGGCGGACACGUUUUACGGAACGCCCGAUUUGAAAAACUUGUAUCUGCAGAACAAUUAUCUCGCCACAAUUGAUCCUGGAACAUUUGCAUUCCCGCAUUUGGAAACUCUGGAUCUAAGUAACAAUAAGAUAGACACAUUACGCAAGCAAUCCUUCCACGGUUUGGAAUCUCUUCAAUGGUUGAACCUCGGCGGAAAUGAAAUAACGCAGUUGUCGACAGAGCAGUUCAGAAAUCUAAAAAAUCUGAGGAUCCUGAUUCUCUCAAACAAUAAAAUUCGUUCGUUACCAAAGGAUGUUUUUGAGGGUACCAGAUUAGAAAUCCUCGACCUCAGUCACAAUAAAUUCACCGUCGUGCCCUCGUCGUCGUUCUUGGAAGUCGGUUAUACUCUGAGGGACCUCGACAUGGCGGAAAAUUUCCUGGAUCACCUUGACUCGACUGCUUUCCCGACUUCUCAACUGGUGUCUCUGAAUCUGGCGCAAAAUCGUCUGACUAUUCUGCCAGACAAUUCAUUCGUUUCCCUGGGAAAAUUACUGAGCCUGAACGUGUCUCUAAAUAUUCUCCAGGCAAACUUUAAAGAGCUGUUUCAUUACUUACCAGAUCUCAGACAUCUCUAUCUGGCUAAUUGCGGUCUUAGAAACAUACCGUUACUGCCAUUGACGAACUUGAAUAUUUUAGAUUUAUCUUUUAACAAUGUUGACGAGACUACUGACAAGCAGUUUCAAUAUUUAGAAGGUUUAAAAAUUCUUUUACUGGUAAAUAACUCGUUGACGUUAAUGCCUGGCGUUAGACUGAGUCUCUUGAGGGAACUUGAUGUUUCUGGCAAUCCUAUCGAGGAACUGACGAAAGAAAGCUUCUUGGGCUAUCCGAGAUUAGAAAAAUUAAACUUGAGAAAUUUAAAUCGGACCAGAUCAGUGGACAAGGAUUGUCUGCAAUCUUUGAAAUAUUUAAAACACCUGCGAAUACAAACGUGGCCGCAGGCCGACGGGUUUCAUUUACGUCAACUGCUGUCUGGUUUACCGCUUCGGACGGUCGAGAUUCAAGUGACGGAGCAUCUGCUGAAACAUCAAAUACAAAAUGUUUUCACGAAACAAUUGAGAGAACUGACGAUUACCGGAAAUGAUCUUGAGUUGAUAUCCUCCGAAGCGUUCUCCACUAUCGAAGGCGGAGAGUUGAUAUUGAGAAUCAAAGACACGCACGUUCAACGAUUACAAUCGGAUAUUUUUCUAUCGUUGACGAAGAGAUUAUCACAGCUUACUUUGGACCUAAGAAACAAUCAUAUCAACGAAUUAAGUCCGUCAAUAAUUUACGGGAAUCUUUCCUGGGAAACUGUAGGGACCAACAUGGUAGCUGGUGGACUGCAAGUAUCAGGCAAUCCGCUCGAAUGCGACUGCGAGAUUGCAUGGCUGAGUUUGUGGCUACGUAGAUGGCUCAGAGAGUCUCGACAGAUUCACACAGCGUCGCAAUCCGAUGCCAGACAACUCAGGACCAUAGCCGGCCGAGCUGUGUGCACGGAGACAACUCCGUCUUACUCCUCUGACAAGGUCUUGCUGACUCUCGGCACGCCGCAUACCGCUUGCCAAGCGUCCGCUCUCAGCUCGGGAAAUUACGAACGACUGGCGACAGCCUGGUUGGCCUUCGUCAAAUUCUUCAUCCUCGUUUUCAUUGCCAAUUAAUUACGAAUUUAUACCAUGACAUUUCCUUGGGCCUAGUCUUCAAAGUUCACAACGUGAUCUUUUUUUAUGUAAGAUUUACCAAUAAAAGUAGUUAAAUAAUUAUGAGAAAA